CCCGGACGCAAGUGGCAGCCCAGCGGUGAUUUCCUCACGGCUUCUCCACUCCGGUAGUUGGGUCGAAGGUCCAGCUCCAGCUGCUACGGACUGACUAACUAGUCAAUCAUACCGUCGCGUCCAUCUUUAACCAACCCCAACUCCCCUCUUCCACCCCACCGAGUAUCCUUCUCUCUUCUAGUGCUUCGUCGAACCACAAGUCGUUCGGUGCCAGGUUCCAGAGACCCAACUGUUCUUCCCUGCUGUUAAUCCGCCGGUUCGUUCUUUGUUUCUUCAUCAUAUCUCACUUUUCCCCUGGCCACCUACUGCUGUUCAGACGUGGUUCGCAGCUGUCGUCCUCGCGGAUAUCCGACUCGGAUCCUUUGGCUCCCAUAUUCUUAGUUCGUACCCUUGAGAGCUCGCCUUGAUGAGUGCGUCGACGUUUCCGGACGCUUCCCUUGCCCGCGAUUCUCAGAGCUCUGACUUUGACCUGAUCGUUCGCCAGCAGCCCAACCGGGCGCGCGUGGCUGGUGGGAAGGAGAAAGAACGCAAGCCAGUAGAUCCACCCCCGAUUGUGCAGAUUCGAGUAAGAGAGGAGGGGACCUACCUCGCACAACACUACUUGCAAAGUCCCUACUAUUUUAUGUGCUGCAGCUUGUAUGAUGCUUCAGAGGAUAAUCCAGUCCAGGUGGCCCCGUCCACCGCUUUGACUGGUACCUUGGUUUCGUCCCUCCACAGGUUGAAAGACGUGGAUAACAGUGAUGGAGGAUUCUUCGUGUGGGGAGACUUGUCUGUGAAAAUCGAGGGUGAUUUCCGACUCAAGUUUACUCUUUUCGAAAUGCGAAAGGACAUUGUUACCCAUUUGAAAUCCACCAUCACGGAAAGAUUCACUGUGUACCCGCCGAAGAGUUUUCCCGGCAUGGCAGAGUCGACGUUCUUGUCCAGAUCGUUCGCGGACCAGGGUGUGAAGUUGAGAAUCCGCAAGGAGCCCCGAACAUUAAUCAAACGACCUGUUCCCCGGCCGGAGGAAUAUCCACAGCCGAUUCCACGCUCUCCCGACCGUUCUUCUAUCCAAAUGCCAAGCAAUGCGUUUAGCGGCUAUCCUCCAACGAGUAGAGACUACGCGUACUACGGGCAAGCGCAUACGAGUAAGCGGCCGCGGAUGUCUUCGAUAGAUCUUGGUACUCGAGGCAUGUAUGACACUGAUGGGCGCAUGCGUCAGAUGGAUGCAUACCCCCAGACGGCCAUUUACAAUCAGGCAGGAGGCUACCCGACUCCUAUCAUGCAGGGGUAUCCCACGGGGCACACGGCGGUUCCAGACUAUGCGAUGUCGUACGGAAUCCCGUCGUCCACGCAGGUACCCCAGAUGCAAGACCCUGGGGCACACGGUCGUUCCAGCCAACAAGCCUCGAUGCAGUCCUUGGGAAUGGUCAACGCAGCACCUGGUACUCCUACAGCGGACUCGACCGGAGCAAUGAUGCCACAAGGCUACGCUCGUUCGCAAUACCAGACUGGGACGGGGUCCACAAUCCUUCCUCCUUUGCAGCGGAAUCGAAACUACACACAAGGAACCAACGGUGCGGGAACACGAGGCUAUUUUGACCAAACCUCUCAAGCGGCCACUCCAGUUCUCCCAUCGCAGCCCAUUGCCACCAAUGACGUGGAUAGAUAUGGUUCUACUCCUGGUCAGGCGGCGUAUGAGCAUCCUGUUUCAGCGAAUGGGACUCCUCGGUGAAUGGAUUUCGAGUGCCUAGCUGCUUUGUUUGGUGUUUGUGGUCUCGAUCUACGGCUGAAUUCGCGGGCUCUUCUUCUCUUUGCUUUUACCUCGUGGGAUAGACAGUGGGACGGGUGUUUACUUUUAUUGGGACAAGAAUCGGGGUCUCUGGGGAUAAAUGGCGCCUGGGGGAUCAAAAUGGUAUAACCAUACUACAGGUG